UGAUUUCUAUUGUCUAUUGUGUUGAACAUGUUUGCUGAUUGUUCUCUUUGUUUGUUUAUCAUGUUAUUUACCUAUCGCGGUUCAGGGUAAAUUGCGCGGGAAAUCAACCUGAGCAAAAAUGGCGACAGAAGCGAAGAAAGCUCGUCUGAACCGGAUCAAAAGGGUCGCUGUGGAGGGGAAUAUCGCGGUGGGGAAGUCGACCUUCAUCUCCCUGCUAGAGGAGGAGUCUUCUGAUUGGGCGAUCGUCGGCGAGCCGCUGUCCCGCUGGCAGAACGUGCAGUGCCACAGCGAGAGGGACGAGGAAAUCACCCUGUCCCAGAAGCACGGAGGGAACCUGCUGGACAUGUUCUACUCCGACCCUCGCCGCUGGGCGUUCACUUUCCAGUCAUACGUCUGCCUGAGCCGUAUGAGGCACCAGCUCAAACCGGCACCGGGCCACCUCGAAACUGCCGCCGAACCCGUCGUCUUCUAUGAGCGCUCCGUCUACAGUGACAGGUACUGUUUUGCUGCCAACUGUUUUUCUCUGGGCACGUUUAACGAGACGGAGUGGAACAUCUACUGUGACUGGCACUCCACCAUGAUGGCCGCCAUGGGCGAGCUGAAACUGGACGGGAUCAUCUACCUCAGGGCUGAGCCAGAGGUGUGUCUGGAGAGACUUAAGCUGCGAGGUCGGCCUGAGGAGCGUCCUGUCUCCCUGGAGUAUCUGGAUCAGAUCCACACCCGACACGAGUCCUGGCUGGUGCAUAAGGAGAUCAGUGUUUCAGACAGUCUCAAGGGGGCGCCGAUCCUGACCAUGGACUGUAACCUGAGUUUCCAGGAAGACACAGACAAACAGAACGACAUGAUGUCACAGGUGAAGGCCUUUGUUGCAGGGCUGUAGGCAGGACUGGGCUCAGGUGUGCUCAGGUGUGCACAGGUGUGCUCAGGUGCGAACAGGUGCGCACAGGUCUGCACAAGUGCAGCAUGGCUGUGAACUUGGCAGGUGCAGCAUGGCUUUUAACUUGUCAGGUUUACCUGCAGAUUUGCUGUAUCAGGCCCAUUGUACAAGACCAUUUUCAUUCCAUUCUAUGCACCCUUAGUCUUAUAGAACUGUAGCUAUGUAUCAGUAGAUGCCAUGCUUUGUACAAUUGUUGUGCAGUAAAGUUACCGUAUGAAAUUAAUUAAUAAUGAGUCUUAGAAGAGGUUUUACUCACAGUUUCAGGUGGGGAGAUUUAAGGUUUCCUCCCAGCUGUUUCCAUCUUGACAUCUUGCUUAAUUUUUAUUUUUAAUUGUGUGAGAACCACGGAACUAUAUUAAUGUGGCCGCCUGUCAGCUUAUCAUCAAUACAACACUUUCCACAAAUUGAUAUAUGGACUUGUUAGUUAUUUAGGACUAAAUUAGUAAGUUUCUAGAUACAGUGUCCCGGUUGCUUGUCUCCUGGUUUUAUGAUGUAAUUUUUUGCACUUUUGACAAAACUGGCUCAAAAUGAGUUUACCAAUACCAUGAAUUUUAAGACUAAUGUGUAGAAAAUGAUGUUUGUAAAUAGAUUUGAGUAUCAAGAGGUAGUUACUCUGAUGUUUAUACUAGUAUUGCUCUUUUCAAAUCAUUCAUUUUGAUCAGAUUAUAGUCAUAUUUCACGUAUUGAAACAAGCACUUUAACAUUAAUUUGUCUAUUUAUAAAUUCCUUUGUAAAUGAUCUGUAUAUGUUGAAAUUAUUGAUGAAAUGUUUUGUCCUAAAUUAUGUAUAAGAUUAAAGAAUUAACCUCAGUAUCACUCCUUUGCAUGGUUUUUAAUAAAGUCCCAACUGAUCUUUGU